AGUAAUCGAGAAGGAAACAUCGCGGCGAAAGUAAGGCGGUUCCUCGGUCACGUCAGGACAGCUGUUCACGAUGUCUGUGGAAGAACUUAAGGGUAAAAUACAGCAGUUGGAAGCCGAACUCAAGCAGCUGAGAGAUGACAAGGGCUGUGCAAGAGAGAAAAUCGCCCAAAUGUCGGGUGAAGUGGUGGAUAGUAACCCAUAUAGCCGAUUGAUGGCCCUAAAGAGAAUGGGAAUUGUGGAAGACUACGAAAAGAUUAGAACUCAUACUGUUGCCAUCGUAGGAGUUGGUGGUGUUGGCAGUGUAACUGCGGAAAUGCUCACUAGAUGUGGUAUUGGCAAGCUUCUGUUGUUUGACUAUGACAAAGUAGAGCUGGCCAACAUGAACCGACUGUUCUUCCAGCCCCACCAAGCAGGGCUUAGCAAAGUUGCCGCUGCAGCUAACACUCUGCAAUUUAUCAAUCCAGAUGUUACAUUUGAAACUCAUAACUAUAAUAUUACAACCGUAGACAAUUUCGACCACUUCAUGGACAGAAUUAAGACUGGUAGUUUAACAGGUGGUCCAGUGGAUCUUGUGCUGAGCUGUGUGGAUAACUAUGAGGCUCGAAUGGCUGUCAACCGAGCUUGCAAUGAAUUGGCUCAGACUUGGUUUGAGUCUGGUGUUGCAGAAAAUGCAGUCUCAGGUCACAUUCAGUUCCUGAUCCCAGGGGAGGUUGCUUGUUUUGAUUGUGCCCCUCCUCUUGUGGUUGCGAGCCAGAUUGAUGAGCGUACCUUGAAACGUGAGGGUGUGUGUGCAGCCUCUUUACCCACAACAAUGGGUAUAGUUGCUGGCAUGCUGGUGCAAAAUGUUCUCAAGUAUUUGCUGAACUUUGGUCAGGUGUCCUACUACUUAGGUUACAAUGCCUUAGUGGACUUCUUUCCCACAAUGACGGUGAAGCCCAACCCUCAGUGCGAAGACUCUUGGUGCCGGAAGAGACAGGCAGAGUACAAGGCAAAGAAGGCAGCUGAGCCUAAGGUGGAAAAGGUGGUUGAGGAGGAGAAAGCAGUUGUCCAUGAGGAUAAUGAUUGGGGUAUUUCUCUCGUUGAUGAGACAACCCCCGAAGAGACCAGCUCUGAGCCCCAAGUAGCAGGUCUUGCAAAGGGUAUAACGGUAGCCUACGAGAGACCAGCCCCAACAAGCACCGAGGACGAGGCCAGUGUGGUCCAAACAGAAGACACAUCCCUGGAUGACCUCAUGGCACAAAUGAAGUCGCUCUAAGCUUAUUUCAUGAGUGGGAGUGAGGCAUGGGAGUGUAAUUUGGGACUGACAUCUUGCAAGAGAUAUUGACAAAGUAGAAGAGGUGGUGAGAAACCAAUUCAAAAUGUAUGUAUCACAGAAACUCUGAAAUAAUCUGAAUUUGUCUGAUGAUGAAUCUCUUCAAGAGUUAAAGAAUCAUUGUUUUUCUUCAGAAGAUAAAGCUGUAUCUCAACUGGUAUUAUUCCCAUAUAUUUUGUAAAAAAGAAAAAGAAAAAUCACAAGUGCCCAGAAUUUAAUUCAAUUAACUAUUAUUAAAGCUCUCAGAAUCUAUCUUUAUAAAAUAAUAUGAAAUACUUGCUUCAUUGUAUAUUUUAUUAGGAUAUUAUCAUUGGGUUGAUGUGAGGCUCAAACUUUCCCAUGGGAAGAAGAAAUGUUAUGAGUAUUUUAAAUUGAAUUUUUUUUUUCUUAUAGAAUAUAUUGUUUAUAUGUUUAGAAUAUUUAUAGAUCUCUUCUCUCUUUUGUUUCUUUGUUAUGAAUUAUGUUAUUUGAGAUUCUUAUAUUUGGUUUGAAAAUAUCAAGUCAGAAGAACAUUCCCCAUCUGCUGCUUGUUUUAUAUUUCACAAUCUUAAGAUUUAGAUUAUCAGUGUUGCUAAUUGAUAUACAUAUUUUUUUUACAUUAAAUUAUUGAUAAAU